UGAUGACGUGGAUCACGUGUGUUUUCCAGCAUGGUGACCUUCUCUCUGUUCAGGCUGCAGGUCCAGCAGAGCUCCAGACCCAUGACAGUUGAAUGACCACACUGAAAGGGGAGUACGUUUAAUCUCUGCAUGUUAUACUCUUGCAUUUAGUUGAGCUGUUUACUAAAGUGAACACAUAUUGUUUUUAAUAAGGGCAGCUGUUGUCUAGGUUUAUUUCUGGAGUUAUGACUCUACCAGUGCCGGGGGCUGGGUUUCUGUUUGUGCACAGACUGAUGAGAGUUUGCACAUGCAGUCAGAGACACGUCAGACACAGACACUCACUAGUUAAACUCACGAAAAGUGGGAUUAGAACUUUUUCAACUGCUUCUGUGAAAUAUAACGAGAAGGAGAGAGAGGACCCAGACCCUUCCGGUCUGAGCACCAAGCUGACACCCAGAGAAGCGCCGCUGCGCAGGAGGAGACCCCUGUCCCCUCUGGAGAGGAUCAGCAGUCUGCUGCCUCAGGAUGCUCUGAGCCCGGAGGUGAUGCAGCUGAGAGAGCAGAACCAGGAGCGAGCUGAGGACAACUCCAACACACCGGCGUCACUCACACACCACACACAAGAGCAGAGUGGACAUCCUGAGACAGCACCUCGAGAGGAUGGAUCAGAUGACCAUCAUGCAUCUGAGGCCGCUGCAGAACCUUCAGAGAGGUUAACGCCAGCCUCUCUCCCAGGGGAGAACUUGCUUGUGCCUGGGGAGCUGCUCGUGGCUGAGUAUUACAAGAAUGGCUGGGUGGACUUCAGGAAGAUGUUCAGUCUUCAGACUGGGACUCGUCUGCACAGCAGCUGGGGGCUCAUCCUGCACGAUGACAUAGCCGGGCAGCCAGCGGGUCAGUUCCUGAAGUCAAGCCUGGGCGUGCCCAUCCUCAUUCGGCGUGCCAGUCUGGAGGAUUACGUGCUGCAUAUGAGGAGGGGGCCGGCCAUCGCCUACCCAAAGGAUGCAGCCACCAUGCUGAUGAUGAUGGACGUCACAGAGGGAGACAGUGUGCUGGAGUCAGGCUCUGGAUCAGGGGCCAUGUCUCUGUUCCUGUCGAGAGCAGUCGGGUCUAAGGGCAGCGUGCUGAGUGUGGAGGUCAGGGAGGACCACCUUAAGAGAGCCGUGAAAAACUACAACCGCUGGAGGACAUCAUGGAGCCUGCGUCGGGGGGAGAUGUGGCCCGACAACGUCCAGUUUCACAACGCUGACCUCUGCACGGCCUCCUCGCUCCUCGCCGGUCAGGCAUUCCAUGCGAUUGCUCUUGACCUGAUGAACCCUCACCUGGUUUUACCCACUGUGAUUCCACAUCUGUACCCUGGAGCUGUGUGUGCCAUCUACCUCGCCAAGUGUGUAUUUCAUGUGUUUCUUCAGGUCUAAGAAUAGAGCUUAAAUAUGGUGGAAUACACAAGGCUGUGAAAAUGUGCAGUCACGUCUUGCGCAAUGUA